AAUAAGGCUGAACCGUGCAAAUGAUAGAACUACAUGUUGUGGUCCAGUAAAUACUAAUCAGGCAGUUUCUACUUUGAAAGGUGAUAAGAUCUGAGUCAGAGCGAUCAGUCUUGUCUUUCCGGAUCCAUCAACGCCAACGGCCAUGGAGUUCAAUGUGGCACCCCCUCGACCAGUUACUCGUGAAUUUCUUGCUAUCGUGUUGGCUGGAUUUGGAAACGAGCUCGUCCCUCUGAGCGGCGAUUUAGGCAAUCAGCCAUGCCCGAAGGCAUUGCUUCCCAUAUCCAACAAGCCCAUGGUAGACUACGUGCUCUCCUGGAUAGAAAAGUCUGGUAUAAAAGAUGUUCUGCUCAUAUGUCCUCCGUCUCACCGCCCUGCCAUCUCCCAUUUCAUCUACUCCGAGUCACUCGCCUCGUCCCCUUCCCUUCGCAUAGAUCUCCAGACAUUCGAUGACUCACAGGGACUGAGUAUCGGAACGUGCUCCGUUCUGAGACACUUCUCCAGCCGUAUCAAAGAAGAUUUCGUUAUACUUCCAUGUGAUUUCAUACCUCCCCCAUCUCUCCCCCUCUCCAGACUUCUUAACAAGUUUCGUAUUGAAACGAUGUCUGAUGGUGCUAUUGCAACCACCUGCUGGUUCGAACCACCCUCCGGGAAAACUGCUGUUCCCGAAGAAUGGGGGACAAAUUCUCAGUUGACUCCGAUUGUAUGGGACGACUCCACCGGGACGUUGUUGUACGUGGACACGCUGGACAACACUGACCGCAAUCCAGAGGAGCUGGAGCUUCGGAUGAGUCUCCUGUGCAGAUACCCCCGAACCAAUAUGUCGUCUAAGUUGCAAGACUCUCAUAUUUAUGUUUGUAAACGCGAAGUUUUAGGCGUUCUACAACAAAAAGGCGAAUUUGAUUCCCUACGGGAGGACUUUUUCCCUUGGCUAUGCAAGCUCCAAUAUCAAAAAACUAGACAUGCGAAGUACGGUUAUGUCUUUGGGAAUGUCGAAGGGUCUGAACCGUCGUCUCCAAACGAAAGCCACGAAGACCGGUCGGUAACAGGGAGUCUCCGCGUGGGCAUCGUUAUCCACCGGGCAAAAGAGGGGUUCUGUGUUCGCGCGAACGAUCUGCCCUCGUACCUUGAGGCAAACCGACACUUCGUCAGUGCCGCAUCCUAUACCUUGCCAUCUGACCCCCAGAUGCGGUCACUUGUCGACGGCAAGGCUUCUAUUUCACCCGAUUCCACUAUUGGUGAUUUCACCAAAGUUGACGAAAGAGCUUCAAUAAAAAAGUCUGUCAUCGGCAAGCACUGCGUCAUUGGCAAGAUGGCCAAGAUUGUGGGCUGCGUCAUCCUUGAUCAUUGUAUUAUUGCCGUUGGUGCGAAAUUGGACAGUUCAAUUCUGGGAAAGAAUACGACAGUUGGAAGUAAGGCAAGUCUUGUGCACUGCGUUACCCAGGGUGGUUAUGAGGUGAAGGAAAACGGUUAGCAACGGUCCCCAUAUAUACCCAUUUAUUCUCACAUCACAUAUAGAAAGCUACCGGAAUGAAAGACUCGACAUCACAGAUUGGGAGGCAGAAACAAGUGAGGAGCAAGAAGAGGAUGAAGAUGAAGAACCCGAAGACAGCGAUCAUGAGUGUAGUUAGAGUCGCGCAAGACGUAUACGGCAGUGCCCCACAG